AUGUCUGAGUACGAAGGAGAUUUUGAUUUUGAUCAUGGGAUUGUUGUGCCCUAUCGAUUCGAGCCGGAAUACACCGAAGAGCUGGAUAAUUUGCAGGCUGACCGGACUAAAAAGAAAGUAGCGAGACUUUCUGCGGAAAGAAAUGCUGCCGUAAAUGACAUUUUAGAUCUGCAGAAAAAGAAAGAAGACCUUGAAGACCAUUUUAAGAGGAUGAGGAACACCAUAACCUCCCUCAUGAUGGACUAUUGGCUUCUUAAAGAGUCAUGCAAGGCAUACGAAGCGAGAACUUUGGCUUCAGAGAAGAUGAAUCGUGGACUGAAGAUCAACCUAGAGAACAAGGUGAAAAACCUGGAAACAGAGGCAGAAAUCAUAAAAACCAGCCUGAAGAUGACUGCCAAACGGCUGCAGCAGAGCGAGGGCUUUCUACAGCAGAAACUUGCUCAGGAGAAGAUGCUUCAUCAGGUCUCAGAAGAAAAACGGAACUCGGAACGUAAAGCUUCUGAACAGACCACAAAGAAAAUGAACACAGACCACGAAAACCGAGAGAGUUCAUACAAGAACCAGAUUGAGGAACUCACAAAAAUUUCGACUGACAUGAAAACACUGCUACACUCUGCCAAAUUUGAAAAUGAGAUGCUGAAGGAAUCCAGCAAGGCCUUCCAGGCAAUGACCGUGAAUUCGGCUAAGGAAAUCCUGAGGGUCAAGACAAUCGUAGAAGAGGAGCGUAGCGCGCACCACAAAGAGAUGAACGCCCUCAAGACCCAGCUAAACAUGGUCACCAUUCAGGCGCAGGAAAAAGCGACCGCUCUACAGAAGUAA